AUGGAUUCGCGAGACGACCAUGUCGCACUCACCAACGGCAAUGCCUCCGCCGCCGUGACGAGCGGGCAGGCCGCCGCGUCUCGCAAGAACAGCGUGCUCGACUCCGCCCUGUUCCCGUCUCUCGAGAACGCCGCCUCGGGCUCGUCCAGCAGCCUCGAGCAGAUGCAGAGCGACGAUCCGCUGGCGGCCCAGAUCUGGAAGUUCUUCAACAGGACAAAGCAGCAGCUGCCGAACCAGCAGCGAAUGGAGAACCUAACGUGGCGCAUGAUGGCCCUCAACCUGCGCAAGCGUCAGCAGCAGCAGCAACAGCAGCAGAAGACGCACAACAGAUCCCUCUCGCAACCGACGCAACCGCAGAGCGCUCCCAGCGGCAUCGCCCAGCAGCUGCGAAAGACGUCCGAUACCCAUGCUGAGGGCAUCGAUGCCAUGAACAUUGACGACUUCAUCUUCGCCGAAGAGGGAGGUGCCUCCGUCAAGGACAGCUCACCGCAGCCGCCCGCAUCGUCUCUCUCCGGCUCGCAGACCGCUGCCACCAAGACCAGCAAAUCAUCCAGGCCGCUGGCUUCGGCAAUCCCCAUCAAGGGCCGCAAGGGCUCUUCUGCCAAUCAAUUCGUCGCCCAGUCCGUCCCUGUAGCGCCACCUCACCAGCGGGGACAAUUUGAUGAAUUCCAUUACGUCCCUCGACAUGACAGGAAGACGAGUAUAGACGACCGGCGGACGAGGAAACGGCCUGCCAACUUCUCGCCCCAUGUGAGCGCCAUCAACACGAACGCGUCUGGCCUCAGCCUCGAGCUGGAAGCGGACCCAGACCUCAAUGGGUACUCUCUCGACAACACAAACGCGAUGACCAUGCAGCAGCCCAUGGCCAACAACCAAGGCUCUGCCUUCAAUCUGGACUUCAUGGACAGCGACGGCGUCCUUGGCUCUGCUCCGUUCCAUCCCAACUUCUCCUUUUCUCCGUCGACAUCUCCACUGGUGCAUAAUGGUCCUUUCCCCUCCGUGUACAACAACGCUGCGCUGCAAUCCUCGCUGAACAACCCCGACUUUUACUCUCCGACUGGCUCUGGCUAUCCUUCUGCCACCUCUACCCCACAUCCGAUGACCGAGGGCGACGGCGUCUAUUUCGGCUCCCAAGAUAUACAGCACCAUCAGCAUCACCGUGCACCGGGCUUCCGACAGAGCUCCGGUAGCCUAAACCACCACAUGAACCACCAGUUCAUGUAUGGCGAUUCCAACGGCGGCAACAGCAGCGGCAGCGGCAAUGGCGCUGCGUUCCCUUCCACAAGCGCCAGCUCUGAGGCAGUGGCAUCAUAUAGCGUUGCCCAAACCUCCUUUGGGCACAUCGACCCAAGCCAAGUGUUCCAGACAGACUCGCAGGUCGCAUCUCCCAUUCUGCCAAUGCAGCAAGGAAACGUGCUUGGUUUUGGCGGAGAGUCCGAUGAGGAUGAUGGCAGUGCCUUCUUAGACCGCGGUGGCGUUGGCCUCCACGGCGACUUCACAUCUGCCGUCGACGAGGCAGGGACAUUCAGCUGGGACGCCUCUCUGCCGGGACAAUUCAGCACGCAAGCUGCUCGCUUCCCCGGCGGCCCAACUCGCAAGCACGUGCAGAUUGGAAGCGUCACGACUGAUUACGUCGACACCAGUAACGACUGGGACGGCCAUAGCCUGAGCCGGUCACACUCGCAGACCCUCGGCAUGGGCAACGACAAGCGACAAAACAGACUUCCUCGCAACUCGUCGACACCCUCGCACAUGGCUGCCAAGCACAGCGGAUUCGAGCAAAUCGCUCAGUCUCUCCCCAGCUCGCCGGGUCCUCAUGCUUCGGGAACCGCCUCCGGCUUUUCGUCAGUUGCGCCAAGCAGGCCAGCCUCACCGCCCCCAAGCUCCAAGCACGGCUCUUCGACCAACCUGCAUGCGGCUGGUGGAAACCCCGGAGAGAACAGCACCCCCACCACAUGCACCAACUGCUUCACCCAGACAACUCCGUUAUGGAGACGAAACCCCGAGGGCCAGCCUCUCUGCAAUGCCUGUGGUCUCUUCCUCAAGCUGCACGGCGUCGUGCGGCCCCUCAGCUUGAAGACGGACGUCAUCAAGAAGAGAAACAGGGGUUCCGGUGCCAACCUUCCAGUCGGGGGAUCGAGGAAGAAGAACGCGGGCAACGGCUCCAAUGCCGCUUCGAGGAAGAACUCAUCACUGUCCAUGGCUGCCGCCGCCGCCGCGACCGCAGCCGUUGCUACGGCGAACCACCAAGCCGUGACACCGCCGUCCACGAACCGCCCCAGCAGCAACAAGGACGGCGAUAGCCCCGCCAGCAGUGGACAACACACCGCGGGCAGCACGCCUGGCAGCCAGUACGGAGGAGCCACUAUCGUGGGCGGCAAGGGCGUUGUGCCCAUUGCUGCGGCGCCGCCAAAGACAACGCCUGGACCCGGAGCCUCGUCAUCCAUGUCCCGACCGGCCACGGCGUCCUCCAAAAGACAGCGCAGGCACAGCAAGAGCGAGGGCACUUCCUCGUCAGCCAUGGACCUCGACAGCCCGGGAGACUCUAUCGGACGACAGCUUGGUCCGACUCCCAGCAUGCCUUCCAUCUCUAGCACUAUGCUUUCAAGUGGCAGUUUCUCUAUGAGUCAACGCUCCAUGAUGGGAUCGAGCAUGGUGUCCAUGGGUGGUUCCCAGGCCAACCUUGUGAACAGCGCCGGUAGCUCGUCAGGCCCUCAGGAAUGGGAGUGGUUGACUAUGAGUCUUUAA